AUGGUCUACACUGCCCCCACUGCAAACCUAGAGGAGCCCGCGGCACCCGUCCGCCAGGGUCACAGGCGGACGCGCUCUUCGGGUCACCCUACGUUCCCCUCCGGCUCCUUCAGCCCCUCGUCCAGUCCUGGUCCAUUUGGCUCGCUCGGCGUCCUGCCUCGCCGGAAGACGACGGGGAAGAAGGCAUUCUUCCUCAACGACGACUCGCGCGAGGAGCAGGAUGACCCGAUGAUCGCGGCUCCUUCGCCCGUCCCCGCACACGCGCACCUGGGUCUGCACACCAACACCACGGCGCUCUCGCCUUUCCCGAGCGGCGGUUCGCCGCGCAUCCGGUUCCCGCGCGCCAGCUCCUCUGGCCCGCCCUCACCGUCGGUCAUGCCGUCCUCGCCGCGUCCUCAGAUCCAGCGGACGCCGUCGUCCUCGUCCGUGCCUCACAUCCCGGACGAGCUGAUGCCGAACCACCACAGCUUUCACCUGCGCACCAAAUCCGAACCGGCCACGCCGUCGGUCAAAUCGUUUCACUUUGUGGAAGAAGAAGACGGUGGGCUCGAGAAGGUCAGGGUCUACAACCGGCGAGCCCGGCCUGCGAACCUGCUGGUGAAAACGGGCGAGGACACCGAGACGGAAACGGAAGCCGAGUUCCCUUUCCCGAGCCUCGCGCGCGGGAACGCGACGGUCGGCGGAAGCGACGUGCAGGCGACAUGGCAACACCGGAUUGAUCCGGCGAUCGCAGUAGCGACCGCGGUCAAUAGGAUCGGCAUGGGGAAAAGUGCAGGCUACCAGUCUCCAUGUCUCGGACGCAGAUAUGCCAACAUGAGGCGGCAGCGUUCGCGCAGGAACAGGCAACGGAAGCGCAUAACCAACUUGAAUGGGAAGGCUGACACGAUCGACACGACCCGCCGUUGGAGGACUCAGGUAUCGGACCCCCCAGCGUCAAGCGAGGGGCGUGUGAGCGAACCUGUCAGGUACGCGGGUAGUGUGAGAACGUGGAUGGCCAACGAACAAGAUCCACCAUCCGCGAAGCACCUGCAAAGCACUCCUCUCCUCUCUCGCCGGUCCUACAACACGAUACGAAGCAUCGGGCAGCGUCGGCAGACCCGCGCGUCGCCCCAUCUCCAAGGUUCUUUAGCGUCGCAGGGGUCCGUAGCCGACCAUGCCCGCAAGCGCAAGAACAAAAACCUCGACUUUCGAACGCCAAACACCCUCUCCGCUCCCCGCUGCAUUUUUUGUUUUUACAUCCUGCGGCAUAACGCGCUCUCGUCAACGGCUCUUGGUCGAUACGCACAGCGCCUCACGGAUUUCCGCACCUCAAAGUCGCUAUUAUCGAUGUCCGACAUCCCACCGCACGACGCCGACAUGGCGCAUUUGACCGAUACCGGUCGAGUCGCCCCGGGUCAGGACUCCACGCAGGAGGUCGGCCUUCAAUUCGGUCACUACGCGACGCCGCCUACGGCCCCCAUGCAAUGGUCGCAUCCCGGACCCCAGCACGCCACCUUCUACUAUCCGAUCAGUCCUUUCACGCCGGUGCACCACCAACCCCAGUCUCCGCUAGAAGACCCGUUCUGGGCCCCCGGGUUCAACCCGUUACCUUCGCAGUCCGAUCCUUUCAUCGGCACGCCGUCGCAGCCGUGCGAAUACAUCCCGAUGAAGUCGCAGGAAUACAGCAUGGAAUACGGCCCCACGAGCUCUCCCUCGCCGUUGGGCUCUUAUCCCUCGCAGGGGACGGGCGGUACGCCCACUCCGACGCAGGUCGCGCAGCCGAGUCCGCAUGCCGGCACACCGGUGGAGGCUUACGCCCAGCAGAAGCACAUGUUUGCGCGCGGUGAGUCGUUCGCGUUCACCGAGUCGGACCGUUCUAACGGCGCAACAGCGGCCGCGGUCGACGAUGGGAAAGGGAAAAAAAGAGCCCGGAGCGGGUCCGAAGCCACGGCGACGGAUGAAGCAGGAUCGAAAACGCAGAAGAGGAAAACGAAGGCCGCGACACCGUCCGAAAAGCGAUGCACCGGAUGCGGCGAAUGCUUCGAAACCGGGAAGCAGCUGACUUCGCACAUGCGGAAAUGCGCCACCGACAUAGACCUGACAUUCAAGGGCAAUGUCAAGGUCCGAUUCGCUCGCGCACACGACACCGCGUACAUAUGCUACUGCGACUCCCAUCCGCACGGGCAUCCCUUCCGCAACAACGAGGCGUUCAGGAGUCACGUCCGAUUGCCGGGAGGAGGCGCGCGACCUUGGGAUCCUGAGGGCGUCUUCGCUAAGCUACCGCGAUCGGACCAAGCGGGUUCGGAUCGCACAAGGACCGUGGUACUCAACGCGUCGGACGAAGCCAGUCGCCCGAGCACCACGCCGUUGCCAGACAGCACGGCGACUGCGCACGACCCGCCAUCGGGGAUCGAGCCGCGGAAAGGGGCUCGCCAUGCCGUACCGCUCGCAAAGGCUCCAGGGGCCAGCGCGGUACGCGCCGCACCCUCCAUUCGCGGUGUUACGGCGUCGACUUCCUCCGAGAAGACCAACACCGUACCUCGGGGCCUUAGGGCGAGGGCGGUCGUCGACAAACACGAAGGGGGACAGCUCGAUCAGACACGCUGGCUCGCGCGACGGCUAGGGCUGGGAACGGUUCGCGCGUCGCCUUCGAUCCGAGCCAGUCCGCAGCUGACCUCCCCUCAGCAGGUACCCGCAGCUCCGCAGCCGGAUCCGACGGUCGAGGCGGAAGGCGCCGGUGCCCAGAUUCGGGCGGGGCAGCAGCCGAGUCCGGGGGACCGGGUCGACAGCGAUCAAUACGAGAGCGCGGUGCAAAGUGAAGAAACGGCACACCCGGCGGGCCCGCUGGGUACCGAUACGGGCACGGAAGAACCGGCGGGCGGGGAGUCCCAUCCGACGGAGUACACCACCGAGGGUCAGCUUCGUCGGAGCGCCCUGCUGGACUCCGCCAACCUGGUGAUCAACGAACCGCUCCGACUGCUCGUCUGCACCAGUUGCAAGUGCUGCGUCGGAACGAUCGACGCGGUCCAGCACGUCCGCAAGCAUCUUCCGAACCACGGAUCCCAGGCUUGGCAGCGACUCGAAGCGCAUCUCGCUCGGACGAUCGUUGCCCAUCCGUAUCUGCUCGAACGGCUGCCGGAUCCGAGAACGCUCGACUGGAAGGGCCCCUUUCAGUGCCUGCAGACUUCCGAGGCCUUCGUUUGCAAGUACGAGGGCUGCGAAUUCUUCACCACCAACUACCAGACGCAGCUCCGUCGACACUACGCCAAGGAUCAUGCGGAUUGCGCGGAGCCUCCGAGGCAGAACGACGAUCGGACCGCGCAGAUGCGAUUCGUCCAACACGUGCAGGCGUUGGUGCCGAACGACCCGCAAUCCCGCAUCUACGUAUCCGGGCCGUUCGUCGGAGACCGAAGCGUUCCGUCUACGGAGGCCAAGUACCGGAGCGUCAGGGAGGAGAUGCAGGACAUGAACACGGUCGUCCUCGGCGAAAGUCCCAAGUCGAUACCGUUCUGGCUCUCGGCGCUGAAGUGGCCGGAGCACGUCGUAGGAUACAACACGUGCGACCUCUGCGCCCUGGUAGACGUCGGGAGCGACAAGACGGACCCGCUGGCAGGCAUGCACGACCUGGUGCAUCGGUACCUCAGGAAGUGCGAGCAGCUCGUCGCGGACUCUCCGCCCAUCGUCCUCCAGCUGCUCGCGACGGCCGACGCGCACGCGGAGCUGGAACACCGGCCGUUCAAGGUCCUCCAGCAGCGCGACACGCUGCGGAAGUACUCUCGCACCGUGGCCGCCUUACUCCUCAUGAUACUGAGGCUCGAUCCGUCGGAUCUGACCGCGUACUCGAUACCCGGAUGUGAUCCCGGCGCGGAACCUUUCGUCAGCCUCCGACGCGCUUUGAGCCCCGAAACCGACGGCGACGACCAGAACGUCGCCUCGGAGGACGAGCUGAUGGCCCUCGUCCACCGCACCUUCGGCGAGAUCUUCCUGCGUUCCUGGGACCAUCUCGAGACCGCAGACAACGCGAUCCCGCACCCGGUGAUGCGCUGCGUCGUGUUGCUGUCGAUCCGAUCCAACGGGCAGUUCAAGGAGGCCGUCCACGUCACCCCGCUCAUGGCGCACAUGCAGUACGCCAUCCGGCUCUGCGCGCUUCGAGAGAUCUACCGCACCGCGGAGGGCCGAUCGGCGAGGGACCUGGAGGAGGCGGCGCUCGCCAUCCGCCUGUUUUACACCAACGGAGGACGCAGCGCGUUCGGCGUCAUGAAGAGCCAGGGCCAUCUGAUCAACGAGGUCGCCAUGAGCAGCGACGGCGAGGUCAACGUCAUAUGGAAGGACCCGGUCAACUUCACCUCGCUCGUCUACAAAGGGUACGAGGUCACCCUGCAGCACCUGCACGACAUCUUCAGGGACCUACAGGCCGAGGCUAUGGCCAGCAAGCGCAAGGUGUCCCGCGGCCUGGCCGUUCACGUCGACAUAUCCGACGUCAAGGACGACAUGACGAACAGGGCGCUGCGGUAUUCUUUCCUCUCGGACCACCGCAACGAGGCCCUACACAGCAAGACCCGGUUUUUCGACGCGAUCGUCGGCGACGCGACGGCUCGCAACUGGUUCUUCGUCAAUCCCGACGAGCCGGAUAUGAGCCGGCUGCAGGUGGACGUGGCGCACGGGUUCGAGUGGCUCCGAUGCCUGGCCGAGCUCGAGAAGACCCUGACGAUGCUGUCGGUAGACCUCAGCGGUCCCCCCCCUAGGCUCACCGAGCUCGUGUUCUUGGAACACCUGAACGGUCCUUACGCCGACUCGAUACGCGGGUUACGGUUCUUCGGCAAGUACCUCACGAUCACCACGCAGUACCGAAAGCAGGGUCACUCCACCGCGUACGAGAAAGCGGUCCCGAGGCCGCUCGACGCGUUCACCGCUGACCUCCUCCUCCAGGUCAUCGCGGUGUACCGACCUUUCGCGGCCUGGUUGAUGCAGAAGCUCCGCCCCGAAGACGAGAACGCGGGCUCGGGUUACCAGAGGCUCAUCUUCUGCGACAUGCACGGGAAGGCGUUCGAUCCGGAAGCCGUCAGCGUCGCCAUGAUGGCCCACUCGAAGAAGGUAUGCGGCGUGCCCCUGGGCAUCAACGCCAGGAGGCACGUCUUCAAAGCCUACCGACGCGACCUCCUGGCCAUCCACGACGUCGCCCCCGAGAUCGAGGUGCAGAUCAACCUCGAGCACAUGGACGCCGUCGGCAUGGGUCACAGCGACUCGGUCGAUCGGAGGCUCUACGCGCGGUCCAACACGUCCGACGGUCAGUACAGCGGACACAUGCUGCAGGCCAUGUUCGAGCGCGCGGCCCAGUGGCAGGUCCUCAUGCGCGUGGUGCCCGCAGGCGUCCUGCUGCCUCACGAGGAGUGCACCGGAGACAAGUUCGAGUCGCUCCUGGGCGCGGGUCUGUUCAAGGAAUGCGCGAAAAAGAAGGACGAGUCGGACAAGAAGCUGCAGGACGCCGUCAGGAUAGCGGUGAGGGAGGAGCUUCGGGCCACGUCUCCUUACGGUACCGCCCGCGACGCGCCGCUUCCCGACGCGAUCCUUUCCGCCAUCCGCGCGGAAAUCACGUCCGCGAUGGAGGCCGUACUACGCUCCGUCGCCGCUCCCGGAAGAGCGUCCGAGGCGACCUCCCCGGCCGCUAUCCGCGGGGCUGCACCGCUCGAGGGGAACGAACCGCAGGCGCCAGCGGAAGCAGCCAUCGCGAUUCGCGGCCAAGUUCGCCCAGAGCACGUCGCGGGACCAGGUCCCACGCCGGACGCCGCCUUUCCGAGCACGCCGAUCUCCACGCGGCGUCCCGUGGCGUCCGCCCCUGCCCGACACAGCAAGGCCGCUCCGAAGGUCGAUUCGAACGGGCCGAACCAGCCAUCGGCCACUCCCGCGGGCGGCGCACCGCGUCCGUCGAGUUCGGAUCGCCCGAGCGCGUCGGGACCGAACGACGCGAGCAGCAAAACGCGACCCAAACCUCGACCCGUGAAGCCCAUCGCCAUCGCGGCUCCUCAGCCAUGGCCCUCGAGCUUACCGCCCUCCACACCCGGCUACGGACAUCCGGACGACGAAUCGGUAUCGGACGGUGACCCGGGUUCCCCGCGAUUGCAAGCGUCGGAUUCCGAGAUCGAAGACUUCUCGACCCAGCAGUCCCUGAGCACCGUACGAUCCCAGAAGAGGGCGGAGAGGAAGAUCUACCACUGGAAGCCCCUCGUCACGAAGCACAUGCGACGGCUGUACGGGGAGGGAUGCACUUACCGGUCCUACGGGCAAUGUGAGGCCAUAUACGAGACGCUCAUACAGCGCAACGACCUGCAGGUGGUCCUACCGACCGGCGCCGGCAAAACCACGCCGGUCAUCAUCGCCGGCCUCGUGGACAAUUCCACCACGGUCCUGGUCGUUCCGCUCAAGGUCCUCCUAGACGAGGCGGGAAGGAAGCUCGAACGCGCCGGCGUCUGUCACCACAUAUGGAGGGCGGGAACCAUCCCCCCUCCGACCAGGGUGGUGGUGGUGAGCUACGAUCGCAUCGGAUCCGAAGAUUGGAGGAGCGCGAUCACCGAGCACCACAUCUCGACCCCGUAUCCCGUCACGCGAUUCGUGUUGGACGAGGCGCACGUCCGGCUCACUCAGUGCGAGUUUCGGUCCGACAUCAUGGAGAACAUGUGGAAGGUCAGGAUGUUCGGCGCCCAGGUCAUCGCGCUCACCGCGACUCUACCCCCCCUCGCCGAGGACCACCUCGCGGACCUGCUCCUCCAGCAAAAUCCGAUCGUCAUCCGCGAGCCGACGGUUCGACCGAACCACAAGUACAUCAUGAAACGCCCUGUGGAAGGAACGCAGAUGCCGGCGCGCAUAAGAAGGACGAUCGUGGUGCAGCAAUGUCUGGACACCUAUCGCGAUGACACGGAUCGCUUUCUGAUCUUCGUCCCCUCGCACGCCUACGGAGAGACGGUAUCGAAGUACCUCGGAUGCGACUUCUACUGCAGCCUCUCCAAGCAGGAGAAGGACCUCCCCCCUUACGCGCGUCAGAGGUUGGAAGACGAGCGACAGCAGAUGAUCGCGAGGUUCGAGGACACCCCGGGAGGCUGCCUGGUGGCCACGUCCGCCCUCGGAGCCGGCUACGACUACGCGCACAUCCCUUGCGUCGUCGUCGCGUACAGCUUCCCGUGCAUACUCGAGCUCGUGCAGCAGAUCGGGAGAGGCGGACGCGACGGCCGACCGUGCCUGGUCCAGUUCAUGCCCGCGAGCGACGCGUUCUCCGGUAAGGACGUGAACCCGAAGGAGGACAUCCUCGGUCACAACCUGGGUCGGAACCUCGCCGGAACCAAGGAAUGCAUUCGGUCCGUCAUCGCGUCGUGCGUGGACAUCGCACCGUCGCGCUGCUCCGAAGUGCCCGGCGCCUUACGAUGCUCGAAUUGCGAGGACCGCAACGAAACCGACCGAUCCGAUGAGCCGGUCGACACGUGGACUCCGUCGGAAUAUUUCGACGAGGAAGAUAUGCAGAUCCGGCUCGGCGACGAGACGGAUUUCCGAGCGGCGCAGCGAAAGGUCGACGAACGAUGCGCAUCCGAGGCGCUGGCCCACGCCGACAUGGAAGACCGCAUAUUGCGGGCGAUGCGACCCUUCGCGGACUGCUGCAUCGGAUGCUGGUUCUCGCACAACCGCUGCGUGGAAAGGCCCACCGUCGCUCGCCACGAGUCCAUCCUCGAGUGCGGCUCUGUCGUCGACGACCCCUCCGGAAAGGACUCGUACCUCGAGUUCUCGGGUCGACUCAAGUACGAGAAGCAAGCCCGCACCCCUCGGAUCUGCUGGUUCUGCCACGUACCUCAAUCUUCGGGUCGCAUGGGCAAGCACGGCAACCGAACGACCUGCGAGUGGAAGGACGUCCUGGUGCCGUUCCUCUGGCACCUCACGAGGCGCGACGACCGAGGAGAGUCCAUCUGGAAGGACCGGUACCGGCUCCGAUCUCUAGACGAGUUCGUCCCCUGGCUCAUGAAGCGGGAGGUGGCGAAACCUUGGGCGUCCAACAUCGUCCGGUGUUUCGUGGAGACGAUCGAGUUGGACUACGCGACGGUGUUGGAGAUCGACGGGUAG